GUGCUGAAAGGGUGUAUACCGAUUCUAUUUGGGCACUUGAGAGACCCUAACCAUAGUGACAUUAUUCUAAACAUACUUAUAGAAAUAUCCAGCUAUGAACCAACAGCCUUAGCCACUUUUCUUCCAAUGCUGAAAGAAACUGGUGAGAGUUUUCCAAAUUUGAUUGGGCAAACAGCAAAGAUCUUUGGAGCUGUUGGACAUAUUGAUGAGGAGCAAGCCAGAAUAUGCCUGGUGUAUUUGGUGAACCAGCUGGCCAACAUGGAGCACUCAUUCCACCAUAUUCUUUUGCUGGAAAUUAAGAGUCUCACUGACACCUUCUCGAGCAUCUUGGGCACCCAGAGCAGAGAUAUCUACCGCAUGAGCAACAGUUUCACUGCCAUAGCCAAGCUCCUUGUCCGGCAGCUAGAGAACGACAACACAUCAGGAGUCAGGUUGGAAAAUGAUACUGAAACAGAAUCUCCUGUACCCUUGGAUGAUUUAAAAUCUGUUAUGAAUGGAAAUGAAGAAGAUGAAAAGCUUCAAGUUAAAAUACAGGCUUUUGAAGAGAAAAUAAAUGUUGAGAACAGUACUCCUGGCUCAGUGCGGAGAUACAGUUUAGGCCAGGUUUCUAAAGAAGAAAGGAAGGAUAUGAGAUUUAACAGGUCCAAAAGCCUUGCUUUGCAUGCAGUCCGCAUGAAGGGGAUAAACUCAGAGAGUGGACAGGACGAGGAGAAUGGGGAGAUAACUGCUGGUAUCUCCUUCACCGACAUCUACAUUAGCCAAGAGAAUGACAAAUUGCCUUUUAGCGUUGAUACUGAAGCAACACAACUGGGAAAUUCUUUGGUUUCACACCAAAGUAUUGAUUACCCGGAAUCAGCAAAUUUGCCAGAAUCUACUAAAGAAAAGGCACUCGAAGGAAGCGCAGAGGCAGUGACAAGCCCCGUGGAAUACCAGGACAAGCUCUACUUGCACUUGAAGGAAAACCUGGGUAAAGUGAAAGCAUACGUCACAGAGAUGGGGAGGAAAAUUCCCAUCCCCGAUCAGUGUGUUAUCGAAGAUACUGUUAGAAGUUGUGUAGCAAAGCUGUUCUUCAGCUGUCCCCUGAAGGGCCAUUACUGCCUGUACAGUAAAUCCAGUUUUACCCUCAUCAGCCAGCAGCCUCCGCUGUGGAUCCACAUCAUGUUCCUCUUUCAGCAGAGCUUGUUUGCAGAACCUUUGUCCAUACAGAGUAAUUCUGUGCAAGACCUUAAGGCCUUGUGGGAGAAGACACAGCUCAAGGGGACGCACAGUUUUGAAACUGCCAUGAUCCAGUCUACGUUUCCACACCAAAAGGACCUGGACCACGUGCAGAUGCACCUGGAAGAAGUGAGGUUCUUUGAUUUAUUUGGCUACAGCGAGGAAGCGGGAACUUGGCAGUGUUUCAUGUGCAAUAACCCUGAAAAGGCAACAGUGGUAAAUCAGGAUGGCCAACCUCUGAUUGAAGGCAAGCUUAAAGAGAAGCAAGUCCGGUGGAAGUUUAUCAAAAGGUGGAAAACUCGCUACUUCACUCUGGCUGGCAACCAGCUGCUUUUUCGGAAAGGAAAAUCUAAAGAUGACCCCGAUGACUGCCCCAUUGAGCUCAGCAAGGUGCAGAGCGUUAAAGUGGUGGCAAAGAAGCGCAGGGACCGCAGCCUGCCCCGGGCCUUUGAGAUCUUCACUGACAGCAAGACCUAUGUUUUCAAGGCCAAAGACGAGAAGAACGCCGAGGAGUGGCUUCAGUGCAUCAACGUUGCCGUCGCGCAGGCUAGAGAGCGGGAGAGCCGAGAGGCCACCACCUACCUGUAG